UAUUAUUUAAAGUUUGAUGUGAUGUGAUGUGGUGGGCGGGGCCUGAGAUGAAAAGUCCGGUGGGCUCGGUGACGUCACCGGGUCCUAUAAAGCGGCGGGUGGAUGAGCCCCUCACCUGUUGUGUUCUCUGCGUGCGGGAGUUUACGGGCGCGCGCGUGUGUCGGUGUAUGUGUUUGUGACGUCAUGUCCCGGUUACUGAUCCCGGCGCUGCUGUGCGGCGUGUGUGUGUGCGUGUGUGCGGUGCAGCAGCGGGACUACGGCGUGAAGCUGUGCGGGAGAGAGUUCAUCCGCGCCGUCAUCUUCACCUGCGGGGGGUCGCGGUGGAGGAGAGCCGUCGACCUGGAGCUCCCGGGACUGGAUCCGAACCUGUUACUCUCUUAUCAAAGCUCGUCAGAUGAAGGAGGCGAGCAGCUCAGCUGGAUGAAAAGUGGUGACACAGAUCCAGACAAACCAUCCUCCAUCCUCUCCUCCUCCUCCUCCUCUCUCACUGACCUCCUCCAGGCCAUGGGAGAUCGGAGGAACACCAGGGAUGAGUCGAGUCUGUCUGCGGAGGUGCAGAGGAGCUGGCUGGAGUCGCUCUACUCGUCUAAACCACUAGGGGGCGGGCAGGUGAAGAGUUUAGACCUCGGGUGGCUUCGUGAGGACCGACGGAGGCGCAACCACUCGCUGGGUCUGGCGGGGCUCUGCUGCAACCAGGGCUGCACCAAGAACGACAUCGGACUCCUGUGCUGAGGACGGAGCGGAUGAGUGCGGUCCGGGACUUAUUCACACACAGGCGGGUCUCUGGACGCUGCUCCAGAAAUGUCCACUUUGUAAAUAUUGUGUAUGAUGAUAUAAUGUGUACAUGUUCUAUAUAAAUGAACAAAAAUCGAACAAAAACAAAUAAAACUUUAUUGUGAGAGAGCCAUGUGACUGACGGGCCGUGAUUUAUAAACCGCAGCUGCAAAGGAUGUCACGACUUCGCUGUGUGACGAGCAAAUCUGGAUAGACAGAGGCGGAGCUUAAGUUAAAUUUAACCACCAAUUAAUUACAAGCUUGAGUGUGUGUCAUAUCUAUAAACAGCACGACUCUAAAAAUAUUAACACUGAUAUCGAACAAUAAGCAAUGUAUUAUAGGUACAGUACACAGCUAGUCUUUUAAAACACAAACACACACUGCUAUAAAUAUUUAAUUAAUAAGAUAAUUUUAAGGUUUUCUUUUUCACCGCACACACACACACACACUUGCUUUAAAAGAAACACACAUCAGCUCUCUUCAUGUAUUCCUGUUUUUAUUGUUCACUUCUGCUCCUAAAGAAAGGAAAAAAAAGAUUUUGCCAAACAUAUUUACAGAUUUAUCCUCUGAGUUUAUUGCGACAGGACUGAAGGCGACCGAUCCGAAACAAAACUACACAAAAUACCAAACAUGAUACAAAAUAGAAAACAGAAAAGAAUCGAUUCCUGUAGGUGUAUAUAU